AUGGACGACCCUCGCAUCUCCCGACUCGCGAGAUUCUUCAACGAUGUCGUCGAUGGUCGAAGACAAUUGAUGUCGCACCGCGAUGGAAAGCUUUUCAUAGAAGCUUUGUGCAUGCAACUCGACUAUGCUACUUGCACCUACAGACUCAUAUCAAGUGCUCAAGGACUGUCCGCCAUUCAAUCCUCCAUGAGGUUUGACACUUCGGCCUCAUUUCUGAACGGGAGCGCCUUAGCAUUUCUUAAAUAUCUACAAGACCCAACUUUGGCGAUUAUCGAUUCUGGAUCCGUUCUGGCCCAAGUACUUGUCCAUGUGGUCGAACCGCCAUUCUUCUUAGAUGCCUUUACGAAAGCGUUUAAAAGCGAUGUCCUGACGCCAGAUGCUCGGCACGCUUAUGCAUGGCUGCUUCUCCAGUUGGUCAGCUUGCCCAGGAUGAAAACGUCGGCGUAUACUUCUCUUGCGGCAUCUCAAGAUAUUCUGACUGCCCUUCUGAAAGAUGCCGAUGGACGCACUCGUAUACUUGGCGAAAAGAUCAAGCACGCACUCCCGUUACAUCCGUCGGAGUCUCACAAUAAUGCGGUUGAAAAGCCAGGAGGGAGACAUAAUAAUGACCAUGUGGACCAUAGGAAGGUCUCCGUGAUGCCAACGGCCGAUGAGCUUUUGUCCACAGACCGGCCUUUUCUACGCACUGCCGACUUCUUGGAUGACCCAGAAUUGACCUCCUCACGCCGCACCAUCCACAUAGAUAACCAGUUUCGAUUGCUUCGGGAAGAUAUGCUUGGCGAACUACGAGAAGAGCUCAAGUUGUUAACGGGCAAGAAGACUGGCCGUCAUAGAGGCAUACUCUUGGAUAAUUUAUCGGUAGCUGGAAGCCUUGAUAUGGGCACUGAACGGAAGCGCCAACCUUGGUGUAUCGCCCUUCACGCAAAACUACCCCAUCUCAACAACAUGAGCCCCGAGAAAAGAAAAGAUUAUUUGAAGAGUAACAGCCAUAUCCUACGUCAUGGUACCAUUGCCUGUCUCUUGCUGGAUGGGGAACCUGCUGCGUUUCCUACCAUACAUAGGGAUGUGGAAAAGCUUGCGCAAAACCCUUCCACGAUUGUCCUACAGUUUCAAGAUGACCAAACACUUCCAUACGUCCUGUUAAAGAUGAAAACUGCGAAGAACAUCAGACUGGCUCAGCUGGAUGCUGCUAUUUUUGCAUUCGAACCAUUCCUGAAGCGCCUACAAGAUAUGAGGGAUAUACCAUUGGCAGAGGAACUACUUCACUGGGAAGAAGGUAAAACUCUCAAAGUCCCACACUUUCAGCCGACUGAAACGAUACAAAACCUCGAAAGUAGAAUUGGAGAAGAUCUCAGGGUUCUCUUAGGAACUAAACGAAGUGUAAAACUGAAUAAUUCACAAACGGAAUCUCUUGUUGCGAGCUUGGCUCAAAGAGUCAGCAUAGUCCAGGGUCCUCCAGGUACCGGGAAGUCGUUCGUUGGGGCGCUGGUUGCCAAAGUUCUUCAUGACUUUACAAAUCAAGUGAUCCUUGUAGUUUGCUUCACAAAUCAUGCCUUGGAUCAAUUCCUUGAGGAUUUAUUGGAUAUAGGGAUUCCAUCAGAUGAAAUGAUACGCCUUGGAGCGAAAAGCACGGCUCGCACGAAAUGCCUGACUAUUCGAGAACAGAAAGCUACUAAGAUUGACCCCAAGCACUGGGCUCAGAUUGACCAACUUAAAACGAAACUCGCUGAUCAUGAGAGCCGACUUCGAGAUACAUUUAGUCGCUACCAUGCCUCAAACUUUCAGAAACGGCAAAUCAUGGAUUAUCUUGAAUUUCUAUCCGAUGCGAUCCCAUUCUUUGACGCCGUUAUGUUGCCGGAAAAAGAUGGGAGUGGAAUGAUACGAGUUGGAAAGCGUGGCAAAGAAAUGUCACCAUUCUACUUGUUAGAUCGUUGGGUCGCUGGCGAGUUUACCGCUGGAUCGCUCCAGCAUCUACAACCAAAAGGAACUGCAGCCGUAUGGAAAAUGUCUCUGAGCGCGCGGCAAGCCGCUAUGGGCAAAUGGCAGGCAGCUAUUCUGGAAGAUCUUAUUCGUGAGAUCCAAGAGAGUGGUCGACAAUAUAGCGCUGAUCAGAUUGAACUUGAGCGACUGUUUUCUGAGAGGGAUACAAACAUCAUACAAAGCAAGAGAAUCAUUGCCUGCACAACGAAUGGUGCAGCGAAAUAUGCUGCAGCCAUCCAGUCUGCGUCCCCAGGGGUUGUUCUUGUGGAGGAGGCUGGCGAGAUACUUGAAGCGCAUAUCUUGACCGCUUUGGGCCCGAACACGGAACAGUUGAUUUUGAUAGGUGAUCAUAAGCAGCUUCGUCCCAAGUGCUCGUACGAGCUCAGCGUUGAGCAAGGGGAGGGAUUCGACUUAAAUCGGUCUCUCUUCGAGCGACUAGUUCUCAAAGGAUUUCCCCAUGUGACGCUCACAGAACAACAUCGCAUGAGACCGGAAAUUUCGGCCAUGAUUCGUCAUUUGACCUACCCAGGCCUCACAGAUGCUAAGUCGACUCUGAACCGAAGCGAUAUUCGUGGGUUUCAGGACAACAUUGUCUUUCUGAAUCAUUCUGAAAAAGAAACAGUACUCCAGAGUAGCAGAGAACUGAAUGACGGGAGAUCGUCAUCAAAGCAGAAUCCGUUCGAGGCACAAAUGAUCUUGAAAUGUGUUCGAUAUCUUGCUCAACAAGGAUAUGGCUCAGAUAAGCUGGUUGUCUUAACACCGUACCUUGGCCAGCUGAAACUACUGCGGGAGCAACUGUCGAAGGAAAACGAUCCAAUCCUCAAUGACAUGGACAGGUUUGAUCUUGUUCGUGCUGGCCUUCUGACAGACCUCAGUUCGAAAUCGACGGGACCAUCAUUGCGCAUAUCGACCAUUGAUAAUUACCAAGGAGAAGAGAGUGAUAUCGUUCUUGCUUCACUGACCCGUAGCAACGCCGCUCGAGAUAUUGGAUUCAUGUCCGCACCAGAACGAUUGAAUGUUUUGCUCUCACGAGCACGCAAUGGGCUAUUCAUCAUUGGAAAUGCAGAGACAUUUAUUAAUGCGCGCAGGGGGAAAGAAGUCUGGUGCAAAUUUUUCGAUCAUCUAAAGGAGAAUAACCACAUUUAUGAAGGGUUUCCUCUCAAAUGCGAGAAGCACCCCGAUCGCUUAAUUACGGUGCCUUCUCCAGACGGGUUUGAUACACACUGUCCUGAUGGAGGCUGCAAAGAGCCAUGUGCCGUUAUGUUGAAAUGCGGCGUGCAUAAGUGUACCAGCAGCUGCCAUCAGAUAUUUGAUCAUUCCAAAAUUCAAUGUAUGGCUAUUCUAAAGCAAAACUGCCCGAAUGGGCAUAGUCAAAGCUGGUAUUGCCAUGUGGGAGCUACUCCGUUGACCUGCUCGACCUGCGAGCGUGAAAAAAAAGCUGCACUGAGGAAGGCCCAAAAAGCGCUAAAAGAUAAGCAAAAGCGAGAUGAGCAAACUCAAAAACAUGCUGAAAAAAUGGCAAAACUACAGGAGGAAAUCGAUCAGAUUAUCCAGAACAGAAAAGAUGAUCGCCUGGAUUCCGAACAAGAGGCUGCUCUCGCGCAGAAAAAGGAAGACCUCGCCAAAGCAAAGGAACGUGCAAGCAAGAAAGAAUUCCAAACCCCGAACCAUAUUUCUAAAAGCCAAGACUCCAAUGGGCCAUCUCAAGGAUCUUCUGCGACAAUACGCACGCCUGCUGCCACUAAAGCCCCGGCCGCUGUCCAUUCAACGCUAAAGGACCAACUUAAAGAUUGCAUUGGUCAUAAUAAAUCUCCUUCGAAGACCGAAUGGCAACGGCAGAAGGAUCAAGAGAACGCGGUCAAUCCGGCUAUAGAUCAGAUCAUGGAAAUGACCGGGCUAGAGCAGGUUAAAUCCCAGGUGUUGCGCAUAAAGUCCAAGGUCGAAACAUCCAUCCGACAAGGCACCGACUUGAAGAAAGAGCGUCUAGGGUUGGUACUGCUUGGAAAUCCCGGCACAGGUAAAACCACUGUUGCUCGUCAUUAUGCAAAAGCUCUCUCUUCCCUUGAAGUUCUUCCAGGCGAUGGGUUUAUCGAAACAACCGGCUCCAAACUCGCCCAUGGCGGUAUUACUGAAGUCAAGGCUCACCUAGCCCAGCUGGAGAGCUCCGAAGGAGGGGUAUACUUUAUUGAUGAAGCCUACCAGCUUGCAGAAGGUCACUCUUAUGGCGGCAAAGCAGUAUUGGACUUUCUUCUUGGUGAGAUUGAGAACCUGACCGGAAAGGUUGUAUUCGUGUUUGCAGGCUAUCGUUCAAAUAUGGAGAAGUUCUUCGAGCACAAUCCAGGAUUUACCAGCCGGAUACCUUACACUUUCCACUUUGAGGACUACAGCGACGCCGAGCUCUUGAGCACAAGAUCUGUUCGUCGACUAGGUUGUGGGAGGGCCCGAGACGGGUUUGGCAAUGCUCGUGCCCUAGAGAAUCUAUUUGGUAGGGUCAGAGAGCGACAGGCGGAUAGACUGGCAAAAGAGCGAAGAGAGGGAUCUCUUCCUGAUGACCUCACAAUUACCAAGGAAGAUAUUAUUGGACCGGACCCCUCACACGCCGUUCUUCGUUGCCCGGCAUGGGAGAAGCUUCAGAAGCUCACUGGUUUGGAAUCAGUCAAAAAUUCAGUGAGCUCUAUGAUUGACCUAAUCAAGGCUAACUAUGAGAGAGAAAUCAAAGAGCUACCGCUUGUUCAGGUUUCCCUCAAUCGUGUGUUCCUGGGUUCUCCUGGCACUGGUAAAACCACCGUUGCUAAGCUGUAUGGCCAAAUUUUAGCAGACCUUGGCCUUCUAAGCAAUGGCGAAGUCGUGACGAAAAAUCCAGCAGACUUUAUUGGAAGCGCCAUUGGCCAGUCUGAAGCCAACACCAAGGCAAUACUAGCAAAUUCUGUUGGGAAAGUUCUAAUCAUCGACGAGGCUUACAUGCUAUAUUCCGGCUCCGAAACAGGCGGUGGCAGCGGCGGAGCGGACACAUAUAAGACAUCAGUCAUCGAUACAAUCGUCGCCGAGGUCCAAAAGGAGAUGACACGCUUCUUCCAAAACGUUAAUCCUGGACUUACUAGACGAUUUCAACUCUCGGAUGCAUUUCACUUCGAAGAUUUCAGUGACGCGGAGCUGCAAGAAAUCCUAGAGCUCAAGCUCAAGAUUCAAGGAUUAGGAGCAACCACCCCUGCUAUUACUGUUGCCAUAGAUGUUCUAGCCCGAGCUAGGAAUGGAUUAAAUUUUGGCAACGGUGGUGAUGUAGAGAAUUUAAUCUCUAAAGCGAAGAGCAAUUACCAGCAUCGCCAAUCCCGGUUGCCUGCCGAACAACGAUCGGUCGACUUUAUAUUUGAGCCACAGGAUUUCGAUUUAGACCACGAUAGAGCUUCGUCUGCUGAAACAAACCUUCAAGAGCUGUUCCAAGGGGUUGUUGGUUGUGAAGGUAUCAUUAAAACCCUCGACAAAUUUCUCAAGGUUGCCAAAGGAAUGCGCGCUCAGGGGCUUAACCCACGGGACCAAAUACCCAUGAACUUCAUAUUCAAGGGACCACCUGGGACUGGAAAGACGUCCACCGCUAGAAAAUUUGGCCAGGUCUAUUAUGAUCUUGGCCUUUUAUCUCAAGUUGAAGUAGUUGAGUGCUCCGCGUCCGAUCUUGUCGGGCAAUAUGUCGGGCAAACGGGACCCAAAACGAUUAAACAACUCGAAAAGGGUCUAGGAAAGGUUUUGUUUAUAGAUGAAGCGUACCGACUUGGCGAAGGGUUAUUCGCCCAAGAGGCAGUAAACGAACUUGUCGAUACCAUGACAAAGCCUAAGUUUGCUGGAAAGAUGGUGAUUAUUCUUGCUGGCUACGACGAUGACAUGAAUAGACUUCUGCAAGUCAAUGAGGGUCUGAGCAGCCGCUUUGCAGAUGAGAUUAUUUUCCCAUCCCUGGGUCCUCAGCACUGCCUUCAGCUCCUCGAAUCGAAGCUGAAGCAAAGAAAUAUCAUUAUACCUGCAUUGAAACACCCCGCCACCUAUCAAAAAUGUCUGGAUCUGAUUACAGAGCUUGCAAACUUGCCAGCAUGGGGCAAUGCAAGGGAUGUUCAAACAUUGGCAAAUAGCAUGGUUAGAGAAAUGUAUCAGGAAGCUCAUGAAAAGGUUGAACAACUCAUAUUAUCGGACAUUGUAGCAUUGGGUUGCAUUAGGACCAUGUUAUCAAGUCGGAAGGCAAGGCAAAGGCAGAGUACCCCACGCCGAUCUCAAUUGUCGAUUCCAACCGAAACCCCUGUCCAGAGUUUCUCCCGACAAGCAGCUCCACCUCCACCUACCACGCAAGCUACAGCUACAACCUCAAUGACGAUCACGGAUGCUGAACCAACACCGGUCCCACCAUUAGCAGUGGAGACUGAAGUCUCUCGAGACCCGGGCGUAUCCAACGCAGUCUGGGAACAGCUUCAAAGGGAUAAAAAGGCCGCCGAACGACUUGAUCAGAUAUUCAACCAAGCGCAGCUCAAGAACAGGGAAGCCUUGGAAGCUGCCCAAAAAGCAACCGAAGAAGCGGCCGCAGCGACUGCCGCUUUGAAAGAAGCCGAAGCAAAGACAAGAUUGGAAUCCCAGAAACUGUUACAAGAGCGUGAAAAGGCGCGAAUCAGAGAACUGGAGGCGAGGGCUGGGCAGCACAGGAUCCAAUGUGAGAUGAAGAAGAGGGAAUCAGAAGAGCGAGAGAGGAGGGAGAGGGAGGCGUUGGUCCAGAAGAAGUUGAGGGAUUUGGGGGUUUGUCCUGCAGGGUUUCGAUGGAUUAAGCGACCUGGUGGGUAUAGAUGUUCUGCUGGGUCCCAUUGGGUCGACAAUGCGCAGCUUGGUAUUUAA